AUGAAUGACAUACCACAACAUCCAACAUCGAUUGCCAAUUCUGAAGAAGUUACAUCAGCAAUAAAUGCUGCAUUUGCUGAAUUUCUUGCUGCCGAACCUACUACUACUUCAACUACUGUUAUUUUACCUCAUCAACAAACUAUUGAUUCAACAAGACUAACUAAUGACAUUACAAAUAAGGACAGUGAUCGGUUAAGUAGUAGUAGUCGAUCAUCGGCACCAUAUACAGCAUCGACGUAUACACACAAUGAUUCUUCAUCUUCAUCAUUAACUACAAAUGCAACGAAUCUACCGCGUUAUAAAACUCUACUUGAUAAAUAUACACCGAAUGAUGACCUACAAGAUUUACCUAUAUCAAAUAGUAACACUCCUAUGGAAAAUUUUUGUAAUACCUCUACAUCUUCAAGUACUCAAAGAAAGCGACCACGAUCAAAUGAAUGCAAUUCAUCGAAACGAUUUCAUCAACUACAAGCAUCAACAGAAACAUACGAUCAACCAUUACAAAUUCAAGAAUGUUCAUCAUCGUCGAAUGAAGAUGAUGAACAUAUUUCAAUAAAUGAUUCCAAUCUAUUACUACAGUCUACAAGACCACCGAUUCAUAAUGAAACAAAUCGAACUCAUUUUGGAAUACUCGAUUCUAGUGAUGACGAAGAUUCUCCAAAUAAUCUUUUUGCACCACAUCGAUCAUUAAAUUCUCCAUGUCCAUGUUUGCAUCAUUCAUAUACAGGAAUCUCAUCGUCAUUUACUCAAACUAAUCCACAAUCUAUUCCUUGCUCUCAAGUGACCUUGCCAAUUUCACAACAGAAUCAUAAUCCAUCUCAUUUACGACAACAGUGUAGUCAAAAUCUAACAUCAGAAUUACGUCGACAACGUCUUAGUGCAUUUCAAAAUCACAUACCAUCAUCGUCAUCGUCAUUGAUGAUUAGAGCUGAUCAACAUUUACAAGCUCUGUUAAACAACGCACCAAUAACAAUAAGUAAUACUCCUCAUACUUUGCCAAGUCAACUCACUGCAACAAAUUAUCCAAAUUUAAAUAGACAUUCAACAACAAGAGCUAAUCAAAGUUAUCCAUGGCCACCAACACCAUUAUUAUUUCGUUCAUUUCGUAAUCCUCUUUUUCUACGUAACAAUGAACAUGUUUUUGAAGAAUUACUACGCAUGGAAGAACAAUUAAAUGGUUUAAAUAAUUCGACGAAUAUUGGUGCAAAUCAAGAACAUAUUGAUUGUCGAACACUUUCAUAUAAAUAUGUGAACGAAAAACGUUUCAUUGAAGGAAAAUGUACAAUAUGCUUAUGUGAAUAUGUUCAAGAUGAUGAUGUACGUCGUUUACCAUGCAUGCAUCUAUUUCAUAUUGAAUGUGUUGAUAAAUGGUUAAUGCAAAGUAAACGAUGUCCAAUAUGUCGAAUUGAUAUUGAUUUUCAAGGAGAUUUUGGUGAUUAUAUUUGCUAG